AUGGUUGGUACAGCCGCGAAGCCCUCUGCGGGCGAUGGCGCUGUCGAGAAUCGCGAGAUCGAGACGUCAAACAGCUCCACGCGGACGUUAACCCCCCGAGAGAGCGAAGAGCGCCAAGAGAAGAAGUCGGAAGAGAAGCCUGCCGAGGUCGAAAUCGCGAGCGACGAGCCAAAGGAAAAGCGGCCGCUCCAGUCAUCGGCAAUAUCGUCAAACGAGAGCCAACUAGAUGUGUCGAAGCAGCCAGAUAUGGAUGAGAAGGCUGACCUCGAGGGACCGCCGGUGAUAGGGCCACCCGUUGAGGUGGAUGAAGCCGAGGAAAACUUCAAGCCCAAGACCGUUACGUUCUGGCUUGUCAUUCUAUCCAACUUUGUGGCCAUGUUCCUGGUCGCCCUAGAUCGCACGAUUAUUGCAACGGCAAUCCCUCGCAUCACCGACGAAUUCCAGAGCCUAGGCGAUAUUGGUUGGUACGGCUCGGCUUACAUGCUGACAACCGCGGCUUCACAACUGGUCUUUGGUAGAAUCUACAAAUUCUACGAUCUGAGAGUAGCCGUUGCCGGCGUCGGCUCGGCUGGUAUUUUCACAGGCGCUAUGAUGGUCAUGAUCCCCAUGAUCCCGUUGCACAAGCGACCGAUGUUUCAAGGAAUUUUCGGUAUGGUUUUUGGCCUGGCCUCUGUGAUAGGCCCCUUGGUUGGAGGUGGUUUCACAGGCGCUGUUACCUGGAGAUGGUGCUUCUACAUUAACCUUCCCGUGGGAGGCGUGGCUUUUUUAUUUCUUUUUUUCAUGCUCAAGGCACCCAAGCGGCAGGCCCAGGAGCCGGUGACGCUAUACCAGCACUUCAAGCGACUCGACCCCCUGGGGACAUUGUUUUUCCUCCCGUCCAUUGUGUCCCUCCUCUUGGCGUUGGAGUGGGGUGGUUCUGAAUACGAGUGGAACGACGGCCGCAUAAUUGCCCUCUUUGUUGUGUUUGGUGUUGGCUUUGCUGCAUUCGCUGCAGUACAGGUCCUCAUGCCCAAAACAGCCACGGUCCCCCUCAGAAUCAUCAAGCAGAGGACGAUGCUGGCCGGUGCCUUCUUUAUGCUCUUUCUGGCUGGUUCUAUGAUGCUGGCAGUGUACUACCUGCCCAUUUGGUAUGACAAGUUGACACAGCCCAUAGUCCAGGCCGUUCAAGGGGCCGAUCCUGUCAAUUCAGGAAUCUAUACCAUACCACUGGUUCUCAGCAUCGUCGUGUCUUCCAUCAUAUCGGGCGGGACGACGCAGAAGAUUGGUUACUACGUGCCGUCUAUGAUCCUCUGCCCAUGCAUCAUGUCCGUGGGUCUUGGUCUAAUGAGCACAUUCCAGCCAGGCAUCAGCUCGGGGCAUUGGAUCGGAUACCAGUUCCUGACCGGCUUCGGCCUUGGAUUUGGUAUGCAGACUGUCGGGCUCGCAGUGCAGGCAGUAUUGCCCAAAGAAGAUGUCUCGACGGGCGUCUCGAUCAGUUUCUUUGCUCAGCAACUGGGGGCGGCUGUGUUCGUCUCGGUUGGACAAUCCAUUCUCAGCAACUUGCUAGUGUCUGAGCUGUCGACAAUACCUGGCUUGCCAGCUCAAGCCAUCGUCAAAACCGGUGCCACCAACUUGCACAAGGCUGUUCCGGCCGAGUUUCUCGGCGUCGUCGUCCGGGCUUACAACUACGCCUGCACGCGUAUCUUCCUUGCCGGUAUGGCGCUGUCCCUGGCGACGCUCGUCUGUGCGCUUUGUAUGGAGUGGAGGAAUAUCAAGAAGAACAAGAAGCAGCAGCGAGCGAGGCAACGUGCGAGUCAGCUGAGACCAGGGGACAUGGGGGCGUAA